UUCAGUAAUCCUUUAUGAUUGGUUGAACAUCUAGACGUCAACCAAUCCAAGAUUUGUUUACAAUUAUAAUUCUGCAACAAUUGCGUCAAUAUGGUGGAUCAGCUGUCAGAAAAUAUUUGCGCAUCGAAUGGUAUUUAACGGGAAAAUAGCCAUGAUUCUGAGAGAAUGGGCUCCAUUGCUUCUGUUCUUCAGUGGCACUGUGAACGGUGCACCCUGAUAAAUCCCACCGAACGUACGAAGUGUAUACGAUGUGGAACAAAUCGUGGGGAGACUUGUGCCGACAACUCUAGUGCAAAACUUAGAAAUGUCAGUGCGGCUUCUGUUAGUAGUGAAAAUGUAGGAAAAGACGAGGCAUCUGUGGAACUUCUAUCGGAAGAAAUCUCAGUGCACGAACGGGAAUUUACAUCCCUUGAAUCCAAAGAAGGUGCAGAAUCUUCAAAUACUUCACCCGUCAAGCCACCGUGUAUUUGUGACAGCGACGGGGAGGACGUAAGCGGAGGAGCGGCGCGGCCGGCGGAGGCGGCGGCGGCUGGCGUGCAGGCGGCCGCCCCCCAGCAGCUGCCGGAGGGCGAUGGCCGCGUCUGCAGCACCUGGGACAGCGCCGCCAACGCAGGUACUGCCCCGGCAUACACCAAGAUUUAA